CUCGUCUCUGUUUUAGGGCCUUGGCCUUGUCGGUUGCAAGGCGUCUGGGCAUGGGCGACUGCGAACAGUAGUGACUGGCCUGGUCGGUUUCCCGGGGCACGUGCACAGAUAGGAUAAGUGGCGAAGAUCGUCGGAUAAGAUAAGGAAAUCUCUACGACCCGCCAAAGACUGCCGGAGUGCCCGACCUGCGGUGAUUGUGCCGGCCCGCUGGGGUGUCAGCUGCUGGCAACGAGGAUGUCAGAUGAGGGCGAGGUGCAGGUCCGUCCGGCACCCAGGGAUGGGGAGCCAGAGCGGGACGUGGAACUGACCGGCUGCGGUGGCUCGCUCUGCUGCGACCCGCACCGUAACGUCCACCGUUUCGUCGUGUUGCCUAUCAUCUGCUUCAUCUCUUUCGGGUCGUAUUUCUGCUACGACGGUCCGGGUGCGCUGCAGGAUGACCUGAAGCGCGACAUGGGCGUCAACACGUCACAGUACUCCAACCUGUAUGCCUGGUACUCCUGGCCCAACGUGGUGCUCUCCAUGGUCGGCGGAUUUCUCAUCGAUAGGGUGUUCGGCAUCCGGCUGGGCGCCAUCAUAUUCGCCGGCUUCGUGUGCGUUGGCCAGGUGAUCUUCGCCUCCGGAGGCAUCCUGGACCUGUUCUGGCUCAUGGUGGUCGGCCGCUUCGUGUUCGGCAUCGGCGGUGAGAGCUUAUGCGUGGCCGUCAACACGUACUCCGUGCAGUGGUACAAGGGCAAGGAGCUGAACAUGGUGCUGGGCCUGUCACUGUCGGUGGCGCGCGCCGGUUCCACCGUCAACUUCAACGUCAUGAAGCCGCUCUACGACGCCGUCUCCGAAUCCUACUCGGGCUAUAAGGCCACCGGCGUCACACUGAUGAUUGCCGGCUUGGCCACCAUCCUGUCGCUGGUGCUGGCCGUCAUCAUGUGGUUCCUGGACAAGCGGGCUCAGGUGAUCUUGCGCCGGGACGAGGGCAAAACGGGCGAGGAGGUACACAUCACCGACGUCAAGGAUUUCCCCGUCAGCUUCUGGAUGCUCACCGCCAUCUGCGUCUUCUAUUACGCAGCCAUCUUCCCCUUCGUAUCGUUUGGACAGGUGUUCUUCAUCCGCAAGUUCGAGAUGACACCGGCCGAGGCCAACUCCUGCACGGGAAUCAUCUACAUCAUCUCGCUGGUGGCAUCGCCCUUCAUCGGGCUGUCCAUCGACUUGGCCGGCAGGAACAUCCUUUGGGUGAUGGUCUCGGUGUUGAUGACGGUCGGCUGUCACGCGCUGAUGGCCUUCAGCUUCAUCAACCCCUGGGUGGCCAUGUCGAUCCUGGGCAUCGCCUUCUCCAUGCUGGCCUCCGCUCUCUGGCCAAUGGUGGCGCUGGUUAUCCCGGAGCGGCAGUGCGGCACCGCCUACGGCAUUAUGCAGUCGGUGCAGAACCUGGGCCUUGCACUGGUCAACAUGCUGGGUGGCACGAUCGUGGACACAGUGGGCUACCUUGUCUUGGAGGUGUUCUUCCUCGCGUGUCUCUGCGCCACGAUGAUGGCGGCCAUCGUGAUCCUGGUGCACGACGCGGCCCAUGGCGGCUCGCUCAACAUGACGCCCGGCGAGCGGCGUCGCUUCGAGGCCUGCUCCAAACGUGCGCUGAUCGCGGCGGACGACCGGGAGCCUCUGCUUGAUGAGGAGGAGGAUGGCGAGGCGUCGCCGGACGUGGCAGACACCAGGGGAGGCGGCCGAGGCCAAGGCGGCAGCUGAGUCGGCCGAGAAGCACGGCUUCGACAACAAGGCGG